AUGCUUUGUGGUUUUAGCUUUCGUCGUAGAAAGAAAGAAAAACGACAACUCCAGCAGCAGCAGCAGCACACGAAGUCCUCGCGGACACCAUCGCCGCAGCCGGCGGGGGAGGCUCCAAACAAUGAAUCAUUCCGGCCGCUGCUGAGAACUCCACCACCGAGCCGCGUGGGUCCGCCGCCUUCCCCGCCCGUGCCUACCCAUCCUAUCGCGCCUGUCCCUCCGGAGCCGACGGCCCCCUUAUCACUACUACCAUGCCCCGUCUGCGGCCGCACCUUCGCCCCACAACCGCUCGCCAAACAUGUCAAAAUAUGCGAAAAGAUGACAAUCAAAAAACGAAAAACGUUCGACUCUUCAAGACAGAGACGAGAAGGUACAGACUUGGAACAGUAUCUACCAAAGAACUAUGGUCUACCAGAAAACAGUCCAUUCCUCGAGAAAAGUCCGCCAAAUACUGCCAAAGCUACGCCAAAACCCAAACCGCCAUCAGUAAAGAACGCUAUUACUAAACCAAUGGCGGACUUGCAAAAGUGUCCCCACUGCAGCAGAGCGUUCGGCGUGCGCGCGUUCGAACGUCACGUGGAGUGGUGCGCUGACAAAGCGAAGAUACUUCCCGCGGCGCCCGCGCAGCCGCCGCCACACUUAGCUGAUGCCAAGCAGCGGCUCAACGCCCGCACGCAGUACAAGGCGCCGCCUGUGCGCGGCAGGAGGUCCUCACAGACCCGGGACAAAUCGUCGAAUAGUCGCUCGACAUCCGUGGACUCAUCGCGCGGCGUAUCGCCUCCACCGCCGCCGAAGGAAUACGGCGAUUACAAAAAUUCAAGGUCGAGAGCUUCAGAAUCUGUCUCGAGUAACGACUGUCACGAAGAAUUUUCGCCUCAUGUGCCAGUCAUAAGAAACUCUCGGAAUUCACAAAAUAGUUCCUCCGGUGAUGCCAAUGUAAAAGCAAGACAAGCCAGGCUUGCUAGAGAUCUUAGUAACACCAGACUUGAUGACAGUUAUGACCCGUUUGUAUCGGCAGCUAGACAAAUGAAAGAACUUAUGUCCUCGGACACAAACAUUCCUAUAAAAAUCCAAAACACUUCCAAAGAUCCUAAUAGAACUCUUCCCAUACUUCGUCCUGGUAAAGAAAAAUCACUUCCUUCUCACCUUAAAACCGAUAACACCAAAAUGAUGAAAGACACGCUUAAUAAAACUUACCAGAAAACUCCUACACUACAAAGAAUGAAAUCAUUUGGCAGCACAAAUAACGAUAGUAAUAACUCUUUUGGUAGUAGAUGUAGUUCAUUUAGGAUUAAUCGAAAUGACAAAAAAUCUAGUCAACAAAAAUUAAAUACAACAUUUACAAAAUCCAGCAAAGAAAACAUAGGUACACCCGAUAAAUCUUAUUUCAGUCGUAACAGUAAUUUGAAUAGGUCAUUUUCUAGUUACACAGCAUCUAGCUAUAGCACUCCAAAACCCAAAGAAAAAAUCCCUAAAAUAGCUACUUCAAUGUACCACAGUUUCCAAAGAACUACCAUAAAACAACCUCUGAAAUUAGAUAAAAUAAAGACAGAGGAUAACAGAAAAGAAUUUGUAAACUUAGAUUUGAUUCUUACAGAUGAAAACUCUUCAAUGAUUGACAGUAAUUAUAUAGAUCCUAGACUUAUCAAUGAAAAUGAUAAUUUACCCAUCAAUGUAAAUACUAUUUUGAAUAAUCCCGAUAUAAUAAGUAGUAUGGAGUCACUACUCACUACCGAAAAUUUACCUUCUAAGUUUGAAUCAUUUAGCUGUAACCAAAAUAAUAUUAACGACAAACGUAAUAAUAAUGUAGAUGAAACUAAACAUAAUGUUACUAAAGUAGAAAGUAACAAUAAUAUAAAUAAUAAAAAUAUGAUAAAUAAAAACACUGCCCCAACUAUAGACGAUUUAAGCGCACAAUAUGAUAGGAUUAUGUCUUCUUUAGAGCAUAGUAUAGUAUCGAAAGUAACACACGAUCAAUCGAUGUGUGAGGAAUUUGAUCUCGAGGAAUUUAUGACGUCAUUUGACGAAGAAAUCAAUAAACAAAAACACGAAAAUAAAAGAUCUUGUAGUUCAACAACUAGAAUAGUGACACAGUCAGAGUUUGCCGAUAGUAAUAGGUCAUCUGGUAUGAAUAGUGUUUGCUCGACUCCGCAGGUUGUUAACAAUAACGGACUGAUACCGGUUAAUAAAUCGAUGUCUCUCAAUUUUAGCAGCAACAAUGUCAACGAAAACCUAUUCCCAUCCUCUGUAAAACGUUCCACUUCCCUUCUGGAUUCCAUUCAAAAAAAGCAUUUACAAAAGACGGACAGUUUAAAGAAUAGACAUAAAACAGACCAACUAGAGCAAGAUCUGAUGCAGUCUCUCAAAGAUUUGGACAAAUUCUAUGAAUCAGACAGAAAUGAAAAAAACCAACCGAAAGAUAUAGUUAGUUACAACGUGCAAGUAACAAAUGGCACCACCAAAAGAGCGCCACGUGUAAAAUCCGAACGGAAAAAUAAAAAGAAUGAAGUAGCUUCCAAUGGAAAUUAUACACCCGGGAAAGCAAGCAACGAUUCAGCUUAUAGCAGUCUCAAUAGAAUAUCUCCUUCGAAGCUGUCUAUUUGUAAUUCAAAAGAGCCCAAUGGACUUGCUUCACUAGAGCAAAUACCAGCGGGUUCCGACUCCAGUGGGAAGGAAGAAAUCAGAUCUGUAUCCAGUGAUGAGUUCUUAGCUAUGGAACGCUCUGCCGAACUUGAUGAACCAUUGCCACAGCCAGAUAUAACUUACAAGGAGUUAGACGGACAUUCUGUUACUGACAAACGCGCUAGUUCGCGGGCGUCAUUACGCCGUAGUCCCACUUGGCACCGCAGUACCGGCGGCGGCGGCGGCAUGAGUUCAAGCGGUUCGGAAGCGUCCCUGCACCGGACCCGCCGCGACUCUGCCCCGCGCCUCUCACGCUUUUGCCACGAAUGCGGCAGUAAAUUCCCCGUAGAGACUGCGAAGUUUUGCAUAGAGUGCGGGGUCAAACGACUUCUAGUUUAGUAGGUACGUGAGGGAACAAUCUAGUCUGCUAGUUACGAUGAUUUAAUUCAAUACGUCGUCGAUAUUAGACUCCGACGUGUUAAUGCCAUGAUCGAGAUUCGUUUUGACGCUCGUGAGGUUGAACUGAAUAUAUAGGGUAGGUCGACACGACGACGCACGGUGUAUCCAAUCUUACUUUAUAAUUACGUUAUAUCUUUUACGUGUCCGAUAUUAUGUAAUAUCGACGAGAUACCGCUUUACGAUUGGUGUCAAUAUAUAUUUUUUAAUUGCCUAUCGAUCGAAAAAAUAUUAAUAUAUUUUAAAGCGGUUUAACUCCGCUAAUUGUAUAUGUAACAAUUAAUGCUGUGACACUUAUUUUAUUUUUUGUUUUAUUUAUCGAAAGACAAUUAUGACUACAAAAAUAAAUAUGUAUCAUAAGAAUGUUGAUUUUAUCUCAAUAAUUUUAUCAUAACUUAUACGUUAUUAUGCACUAAUUGAAUAUUUUACAUAGUGAAUGUGUAAUUUUAAUUUACAAAGAGAUCUAUUUCUUUUGGUAAAAUAAAAAUAUUAAGACCAAUGACAGAAAUGAAGUACAAUUUUGUAACAAUGAAUAAUAAGUUUUAUUUUAUCAAAUGCAGUAACUGCAUGCACUCAUACGAUUGUAUGAAUUGUCGCUUUUUAUAGUAAUAUUUAAGCUACCCUUGUAUGGAUGUUACCAAAAUUUAAAACACACUUAUUGUGCCUUUCUAUGAAUUAGAUAAAUAAAAUCGGUUGUUAUUAUGUAUUUUAUUUAUAGUUUUUAAUUUGUUUAGCGUCACAGUAAAGGCCAACCAAUACUAAGUCACAUUAUUUUAUAUUCGCCUGUCUGUGAUAUUUUCGAAAUAUCCAACAGAACUAGAAGCGAAUUGUAUUUUUUUUUCUUUUUGAUGUUUUUGAACAAUUGAGUGUCAAUUUAGACUCGUUAAUUUCUUAUGUGAGUUAUGUUUUUUUUUAAGUUUUCAUUUGUUAACAGAUUACAACUUUAUUUUAUAGAAAUAUUAUCUUAUCCAAUAUUCCAUUUAGUCUCGCAUCUACAUUGUAGUUGGCCAUUUUAACAAGACUGAUUUAUUUUCAAGUUUUCGAACUAUGAAUAAAACCUUAGUUACUGUUGCAUAUUGUUUUUAAUCAAAUAACAAUUUAUCAUGUAAUAAAUUAACAUUUUUAAAGAUGUUGUUUUAAAUUAUUUUACUUUUCAUUUUCCUUUACUAAAGAUGUCUAUUCUUACCCAGGCGCCAGACGUAUACACAUUAAUUUAAAAACAUGGCAUCACACAGUGUCGCACGUCACGAGGGUAUUUGAUACUUUGUGUCUGAUAUUUGAGGGCUUAUAAAUUGUAUUUGAACAAAGAAGUGAACGCGGGCUUUAAGAAAUAAGAAAUUAUAAAUUAAACCGUACGACAAAAUUUUAAGAAUAACAUUCCACUUAUCUGGUACAAGACGUUGAACCCACAGCAGUACAUCAAUCUUGAACAUCCAACAGGUUAAGGCUUUUAAAAUCGAUUGGAGAAAUUGUUUUGUCGAAUGUACUUUAUGAAUAUACCACGAAAUUUUUAAACUUAUUUGAGCACCUUAGUUUUUUGUACUCAUUAUGAAAUUCUCAAUAUACAUACUAAGAUCCCAUUACAUGACAUGUGGGUUUAGAUAGUGUUCCUUUAGGAAUAAAUGGGUAAAGCAGUCUUGUUAUAUUUUUUUAUUAAAUAUAUUAAGUGUUUAGAAAGCAAUUCGUUUCUUUGUUAAAAAUAUCACUUAUUUUAAAUAUCGUAUUCCGAUAAAUAUAUAUGUACACUUUUUAAUUAUGUAAUUUAACAAAAAUGAAAUGGGAGCAUACAAAAUAUCGCCGUAAAAUUGUAAAAAAUACACUAACGUACUUCCAAUAUUUCAAACAACCAAUCCCAUUUCACAAUUCGAUGUUUUGGUGUCAAUAGAUUAGGUAUAAUGUGUCAAAAAGUUUUGGAUUACAUUUUUGUCAGUUUACAAUCUCACUCUAUUAUAUUAAACACUAUGCAACAAUUGUUAAUAUUUACACUUUAUAACAAGCUUAUUUCAUAUUUAAUAAUACUAGAGCCUAAACAUACUCCUGUAAGCUUUCCUGGGUGGUAAUGCUCCUCUCAUUCUUAGUCUACGUAAUGCUUCUCUGAGAUGUUUCGGCUGCAAGGGUCCAGGUUCUCCUGAUUUUUCCAGUACUUCCAGAGCUACAAAAAAAAAUACUUAUUUUUUACUUUAGAUAAAUUAAUGCUCAACUGCUCUAAUAUUGUAUAAUAAAGAGUUAAAACACUUAUUUAACUGUAUUGUGAGCUCUUUAAUUAGACAGUGCCUUAAACAGGCAGGCAUUGAUUAGAAAAUAAGUGAAACAAUGCAAAAUUCAAUGUUACAAUGUACUUUUGGACGGAUCAUACC